AUGAUAUCGGUAGCACAGGAAGAGGCCUUUGAUGAUCCUGUAGUUGAUGCGGACUUGGCAGCUGCAUUCAACCAAGAGGAAUUGAUGGAUAUGUUAGCCGCCGAGCAAAUGGCAGAAGCGGGGGAUACACAAGGCACUGUCGAAACAACAACG